AUGGCGACGAACCUGUACGAAAUACUAGGACUCAACCAGAGGGCCUCACCCGAAGACAUUCGGAAAGCAUACCGCAAAGGUGCGCUCAGGACGCAUCCAGAUAGACUACCACCGCAGACAUCCGAGACGGACAAGGCCGCUGCAGCAGAAGAGUUCCGUAAAGUGAAUAAUGCAUAUGAGGUCCUGAGUAACGAACAAAACCGCAAGCUCUAUGAUAGAUCUGGGGUCUGGCCACCCCCCACCGCGCCGGAGCCAGAUGCAAGGGCAUGGCGGGGCGCCCGCCAGUCCUCAUUUGAUCAAGUAUUCUCCGGCCCCUUCCACAGCUCCGGCUUUGGCGGCAGGCCAUUCUCCUUCACCGACCCAUUCGACCUCUUCAACUCCCUCUUCGGCGACAUCCAUAACCUCCACCGUUCCUUCUUCGAGGACGAUGUCCCGUUCUCCUCAGACCCGUUCCCGAGCUCGUUCUCUCGUUCUCCCUUUGGCGACCCGUUCGGCUUCUCCACUCGCUCGCCUUUUGGUUCCAUCUUCGGGGCGGGCCCGAUGUUCUCUGGGCUUCUGGAUUCGCCAAGAGGAUACAGUCAAGUGAGCGAGGCUGUUGGUCGCAACGGGCAUUGGGUGUCGCAGAGCACGAUGUCUCGCAGUAUCAACGGACGUACGGAACAGAUCACGAAACGUCGCGACGCACAGGGUAACGAACACAUCGUGUACUCUUCCCCGGAAGGUGAACGCUACACGAUUAAUGGCGUUGACCAACCUCUCCCCGUCACGAAUGGUAAUGUAAAUCCCGGACUCAUUGCCGCUGCGCCACAACCGCCUCCUGCGCACACAAGACCACAGCCGCAGGCCAUCAUGGCGGCGCCUCCUGCACCGGCGCCAGCAUACUACGCCCCUCCUCCGGCACAGCCUCAGCCAGCAACCGCGCCUCCUUCAUACUAUCCCAACAAUGCAGGAUCUCCGGUACCUGUGUACUCGUCGAAGCCUGCACCGUUGGUAGACCGUGCCCCUGCUCGUCAUCGCGACGCUAUGGACGUUGACCCCGCAUCGGGCAUGAACAGGCACCGCAGCACUAGCAGCAAUGGACACGGUAGUGGAUACGCAACGUCUCUCCGUUCGCACCAUCCGGACAGGGACCGCGAGCGGCACUACCACAGCGACCCUCGGCACCGGGAUUCGCACGACGGCCGGCGCGCGCACCACUCUCACCACAACUCCCAACCCGCGCCGGAGCCCGUCCACGUCGCCGUCAGCAACGGCGACGCCCGCUCUCACCACAGCCGCGACAAAAGGUCGCGGCUCGGCGGAUGGUGA